UAAAAAAAUAACUUUUUCUUGACAUUCUAGCACUACACGGAAAAGCAAUUCACACAAAUGUAAACAAACAUCUCUUUACGACUGGUCGGAAUGCGCAGAAAUCACGAAAGUGUCUCUGCGCAACUACUCGUACGUUUAGCAUUUUUACCAUGUUUCAGCUAAACGUCCGACGUCGUACGGGUAGACACAGCCUUUGAAAUGUUUUGUUUCGUAUUGUAUAGUAGCGAGACUAGAAAUUGAAGACAUUAAUUAUCCAUUCUGCAAAAGUUCCUGGAAUUGUAUUUGUUUACCUUUUCAAAAUGAUGAAGUGCAAAGCCCAUGUUUUAGACGCUAAAUGGAGAUCUAGAGAUGUAAUGCUUGAAGAGAAAGCUGAUUUCUCUUCCUUGUUAUUGUCUGAGAAAGUUUUGCGUGGUCUCGCAAAAGCGAGGUUCCAGCAUCCAUCGCCUAUUCAGUUAGAAGCUAUCCCAGCCGGUCGUUGUGGUACAGAUUUGGUGAUUCAAGCUAAAUCUGGUACAGGGAAAACAUUAGUUUUUACUGUCAUAGCUCUAGAAAUGCUUAUUGAUAUUAAGACUUUGCAAGUAUUAAUAAUGGCACCAACGCGGGAAAUUGCCACUCAGAUUUGUGAUGUCAUAAAAACUGUUGGAUCUUCAUUUACAAAAUUAAGAUGUGCUUCUUUCAUCGGUGGAUUGCCACUUGAAGAAGAUAAAGCAAAAUCUCUUCAUUGUCAAAUAGCUGUAGGAACUCCAGGUAGGAUAAAACAGCUUAUAGAUAUAGGAUACUUGCGAACAAAUGCAGUUCGCUUAUUUGUCCUUGAUGAAGCAGAUGAACUUCUCAGAGCAACAUGUACUGGAGAUAUUGAUUGGAUAUUUCAGACACUUCCAGAAGAUAAGCAAGUAAUAGCAGCUAGUGCUACUUAUCCAAAAGAACUCGAAGCAAUUAUUAAUAAAUAUUUCAGGCAACCCUAUGUUAUUCGUUUGAAUAUUGAUGAAUUAUCUCUAUUAGGUACUGUUCACUAUGCCUGUCUAGUUGAUGAAUGCAAAAUGCCUGUUUUGGCUUACAAACUGAAACUUGAAGCUCUGAAGAAAUUAUUAUGUGCUGUGAAAUUCUCACAGUGCAUAGUAUAUUGUAACCUUGUUUCGAG